AUGUUGUUGCGGAACUUAGGGUUCCGUAAGUUCAAAGGAGACCCGAAUGUAGUAUUAGCAGACGUGUGGAUAAAAGACCUGGAGAAUAACUUCGAGAUGACAAAGUGCCCAAAGGAGUUUAGGAGACCAGUAGCAGUUAAUUUCUUGGAAGAAGAUGCUCGUGCAUGGUGGGAUACCGUAGUUUCUAGUUACCGGUUCCAGACGAUAAUGUGGGGAAUUUUUAAGAAAGAGUUCAAGCUGAAGUACUUUCCACCAGAGUUACGCGACCGGUUGGAGAAUCAGUUUCUGCAACUAGAACAAGGUGAGAUGACCGUUCGAGCAUAUGGGAGGAUUUUUACAAGACUUUGGAGGUAUCUGUACCAAGGAACUGAUGAUGAGUUAGCAAUGGCCCGGAGAUUCUUUAACGGACUCAGGCCAGAUAUUAGAGGAAGGUUACACGCUGUGACCUACCGCAGUGUUGCGGAAGUGGAAGAGAGAGCUGUGAGUGUUGAGGAAGCCAUAGAGAUAGAGAAGGAGAUUGCAGCUCGGGAGAAAAAGAAGGAACCAGUCCAGCAGACUAAGAUUGUGAACACCCAAAAGGUGAAUCAAGUGGCAGGACGGAAUUGGGGCGCAGGCCGCAGGAAGGUUAAGAUGAAUGUUAGCCAAGGAGGUCGUAAUGUGAGCAACAUGGAUCCGAGGGGAUGCUAUGUGUGCGGGCAAGUUGGGCAUUUCGCUCGCGCUUGUCCGACUGACACUAUGCGAACUCAUGUCCAUCGAAGCCGGCCAAACUGA